AUGCAGUCAGAGAGCAUUCUCACGCAGUGCAUGAGUUAUGCUGAUCGCUUUUUGGCCAUCGAGCUUUUCAACACGUGCAGAGUGCUGGCUCGAGGCUUCAGGUCCAACCCGCAGAUGCUCCCUGGCGUUCACCUGACCCUUGGGCAUCAGAUGUGGGAGUGGCAUCCGAAACCUGGAACUCUGAGAUUACUUGGCCAUUCCAUUCCACGGACCCAGUCCAGUCACUCUACGCUUGCGCAACAGCGCGAUGUGGUGGUGAUAUCUGGAGGUGGAUUUGGGAGCGUUGUGCGGCGUGUUACGAGGUCGACAUCCUUGCUAAUGAAGCCUACUGGCCACUGGGAGAGCUUACCACCCAUGGUGAAGAAACGAGAGUUCCACGCAGCAGCUUUCUUGAAGGGCAAACUUUACGUCUCUGGUGGCUUGAAUGAUGAGUUUGGUCAGGACAAGACUGGGGAGGAGGCAGUUCAUGGUUCAGUUGAGUGCUUUGAUCCUGGCACGAAGUCUUGGUGCCAGCUACCGCGAAUGACUAUGCGAAGGUACCAUCAUGCCUGCACUUCUCAUCUUGGCUGCCUAGUUGUCACAGGUGGCAUCUCCCCUGAUCGUCUUGGAGGUGAAGGACCACUUGCGACUGCAGAGCGAUAUGAUCCCUCCAAGCAACGUUGGUCACAGAUGCCGGCCAUGUCCACAGAACGCUCCCGACACUCUUUAGUUAGCAUAGAUAGCACCCUCUAUGCUUGUGGUGGCACGAGCCCUGGCACUACGCAUGCCUUUGAAUACUUAGAUGCUACCCUGAGCUCUUGGGUCCUCCUCCCUUUGUGGAACAGGCCUGAUGCCAUCCAAACAUGCCUGGCAUCCACCGGAUGCCAGGGACAAUUGUACAUAUUGAGUUGCAAGCCUUCUGCGGCAUUUCAAGCUGACCAAGCGUGCUUGCAAAGAUUUGAUCCGAGCACUUGCGAAUGGUCAGAAAUGCCCCUCAAAGUCCGGACAUCGUAG